CCAGCAUCCCGACUUUCGACGUAGGCUCAUAGCUAUUGAAGUAGAGCUGAGUGGAAAUGCCUUCCAAACCCAAGGCACUGAAGCGCCGAGACCUCCCAUCUCUGGCAAAGUACAUUCAAUCUGACGAAUGUCAAAAUAUCGUUCUAAUGAUGGGAGCAGGUGUUAGCACGUCUGCCGGAAUCCCAGACUUUCGAUCUCCAAAGACUGGCCUAUACUCAAACCUCGCGAGGCUGAAUCUCCCUCAUCCAGAGGCCGUCUUCGAAAUCAACUUCUUCCGAAGAAAUCCAGUACCAUUUUACACCCUCGCUCAUGAGCUUUACCCGGGAAAGUUCCGACCGACUCUUACACAUUCCUUUGUCCGCCUCCUCGUAGAGAAGGGUCUCCUCCUGCGCUGCUUUACCCAGAACAUCGACACACUCGAACGCAGAGCGGGCGUUCCAGCCGACAAAGUCAUCGAGGCUCAUGGGAGCUUCGCAACCCAACGAUGUAUCGACUGCAAAGCACCAUUCGAUGACGCCCGAAUGAAAGAACACAUCCUGCAGAAAAAGAUCGCACGAUGUGAUCGGUGCAAAGGUCUAGUCAAACCUGACAUUGUAUUCUUCGGAGAAUCACUUCCUAAUGAGUUCAUCCGCGCGGUCCCACAAAUCGCCCAGGCCGAUCUCCUCAUAGUCCUCGGCACAUCCCUCACCGUCCAGCCAUUCGCUUCUCUCGCAGGAAUGGCAAACGACAGGUGCCCUCGUGUCCUCAUCAACCUCGACCGCGUAGGUGAUUUCGGACGCCAACCCGACGACGUCAUCCUCCUCGGUAAAUGUGACGACAUCGUCAAAGAUCUAUGUAGGGAACUAGGAUGGCUGGACGAACUCAUGGAGCUCUGGGAGGCCACGGCUGAUUCGGUGGACAUUGGAGACGGUAAAGCCGCAAGUUCCAAAGCCAAGCCCAAGUCGAAAUCUAAAGAGAAACCCCGCUGGGUCAAGGCGGAGGAUGAAGUGGAGCAACUUACUGCGGCCAUCGAGCAAAGUCUCGCGCUGAACGAAGAGAAAUCGGAAGAGGAUAAAUUGUCAAAGCCUGAUGAAACAGCGGAUAAAGAUGAGGAUGAUGCAUCGAAACCCGCAGUAUCUUCACAGGCGACAGAGAAGUCAGGGGGAGGUGGAGACCACAAGGAACCCACGUCUCCGACAGGGACACCCAGCGAGAGCAAGGAACCGAAGCCCGUCCAAGAGAAGCUGUGA